GGGGUUGUGGUUUUUUGUUGUCUUUGUGUAAAGGAGUGGAGCUAGAUCUCACAUCACUCUUCCCUCUUCCCCGAAUCCUUUCUAAACUCUCCCCCGGGUUUCUACCCUCCCAAACCUCUCCCCUUCUACCCUUAAAACCCCACCCUUCCCCCGAACAUAUCUUACAAUAAGGAAUAGUUCUCAGAUCCAUCCUCGUGACCAAAGACCCCAACAACAGCGUUGACCAGCCAGAAGAUCUCCAUCCAUCCUGUGGUAAUCAUGGACUCCGGUGUCAUCGAAGGAGGACUCAAUGUCACCCUGACCAUCAGGUUGCUCAUGCAUGGAAAAGAAGUUGGAAGCAUUAUUGGCAAGAAAGGCGAAUCUGUGAAGAAGAUGAGGGAGGAGAGUGGUGCUCGCAUCAACAUCUCGGAGGGAAACUGCCCAGAGAGGAUCAUCACCCUGGCUGGUCCCACCACUGCCAUCUUCAAAGCAUUCUCCAUGAUCAUCGAAAAGCUUGAGGAGGACAUCAGUAGCUCCAUGACCAACAGCACGGCCACCAGCAAGCCCCCGGUCACCCUGCGCAUCGUGGUGCCGGCCAGCCAGUGUGGCUCCCUCAUUGGAAAGGGAGGAUGCAAGAUCAAAGAGAUCCGCGAGUCGACAGGUGCUCAGGUACAGGUUGCAGGGGACAUGCUUCCUAACUCCACAGAGAGAGCCAUCACCAUUGCCGGCACUCCCCAGUCCAUCAUUGAGUGUGUGAAGCAGAUCUGUGUGGUCAUGCUGGAGCAGUCUCCCCCUAAAGGGGUCACCAUCCCGUACCGGCCCAAGCCCUCAGGAUCCCCAGUCAUCUUCGCUGGAGGACAGGCGUAUGCUGUUCAAGGACAGCACGCGAUUCCACAGCCCGAUUCUUCCUCUGCCUCUAUCUCCCCACAGCUCACCAAGCUACACCAGCUGGCCAUGCAGCAGAGUCCCUUCCCCAUCGCCCCCAACAACCAGGGCUUCACCGGUAUGGAUGCCUCUGCGCAAACUAGUUCCCAUGAGAUGACCAUUCCAAAUGAUCUGAUUGGGUGCAUCAUCGGUCGCCAGGGCUCCAAGAUCAACGAGAUUCGUCAGAUGUCCGGCGCCCAGAUCAAGAUCGCCAACCCAGUGGACGGCUCGGCCGACCGUCAGGUCACCAUCACCGGCUCUCCGGCCAGCAUCAGCCUGGCAGAGUACCUCAUCAACGCCAGGCUCUCCUCUGAGGCUACUGGGCUGGCGGCCAACUGAUCACUCUGCAACUGCACUAACCCCCCCCCCUCCACCAUCGGCUCCCCUACAGUGCUCAAUGCAACUCUCCAACUUAGUUAUAUAAACUUCCUUCUUUUGUUUUUGGUUGAAGUCAUGUCACCCCCCUCCCCCUCUCCAUUAAUUUGAACUGCAUUUAUUUAUUUUUUUGUUUUUAUUCAGAAUUUGGUUUUUAAUUCCCUUUUGAGUCCAGUUGGAGGUUUUAAUGAUUUUUUUCCUUUGUUGGAUGGAAAACUCCCUCUCUCCCAUCUUUCUUUACCAUCACAAAAGAGUAGAGGUGGAAAAAUCUGAAUAGGCAUAGCUUUAGUUCUGUACAGUCAGAUUUUUCUUUAAAACUGAAAAGACAAAAAAAAGGAAAAAUAAAAGUCUCAAAAAUAUAGAUUGCCUGUUUUUUUCUGUUCUCCUCCCCCUCCUAACCCACCACAAAUCCUCUACCCCACCCCCAAGUUAUUCACCCAUUACAAUAUCGUCAAAAUCACAUGAUUGUGAGACCCUGUGAUGUCCUAGUGCAUUUUUUUAAGGAGGAGAACGGUAAGUCACCGGGUGAUGGGGGGCACUAGCUUGUACAGGAUCAGAACAGCUACUGUAGACCCCCCCACCCCCCCCCCCCCCCCCUAUCUAACACUAUGAGGCUGAUGCUCCACACCCAUUUGAAUAAUUGAUAACCGUGUCUCACCAUAACCACCCUUAUUUUUCUUUUGUCAUUCCUAUUUUUCCACCUUCGCCUUUUGCCCAUGUGAUUUUUUUGUUUAGACUUUUUUUCUGGGAGGGGGAGCGGGAAGGGUCGGGGAAAGCUUGGGCUGAAGGCUCUGGUCCAGAGAGGAUGGGCCUCCGUUUUUGUAAAGAUACUACUUAAAAAAUCAAAAAAAGUUGGAAUAUUUGUUUUAAAUGGAAGAAAAUAUUUUUUUUUAACUACCAAAGGGGGAUUGACUCCUAAACAUUGAGUGGUCUGUUUGUAAAAGUGAAUCAGACUAAGAACUGAAUCAUUAAACUGAAACUAGACAGAGAAAGGGUAAUGAGUUGACACUAGUUUCCUGCUCUUUGCUUUGCUCGAGUAAGAUUAUUUUUAUUAUUUGCAGGAAGAAAAAAAAAAAACUACUUUUGUGCACGUUUUUUUUUUGUUUUGGAUAAACUGUAGACCUGGGUGCCACAACAUUGUUAAAGACAAUAAUAAAGAUGUGAAAUGCUCAAACUACAA